AGGCACUAAUUGACUGUCGCUCGUAUAAUGUAGAAUAGUUAAAUUCAGGUCCUGUGGACUUGCACGAUAGCUACCUGAUGCUAGUUAUCGUUCUAACGUUACUGGGGCGUGUUAAUGCGCGUGCUAGCUAAAACAGUGCUAUCUAUUAGUAGUAGUGUUGGUGACGCUUAGUUGAAUAUCCCUGACCUGUUGGUGAUUGUUGUCAACAGUCAGCUUUGUAACAUUGUAGUAAUAAUAGUAUGGUUGCUUAAAUCUAAUGGACUUGCAGUGUGUUCUUAAAAAGAAUCAUCCGAAGGUUGUAUCCAGCAAAGCCCUGACACAGGGCCUGAGAGAGGUACAGUAAGUGUCUACAUCCAUCUAUAAAACAUCGUGAAGGUUCGGUAAUGAUUUUGUGCGGCAUUUGAGACAGAUGUGUUGUGAGUUUUUCAAAAUUGAAGGAAAUAUCAAUGCAAAAACGUACAGUCAGAUUUUGAUCCAUCGUGCACUAUCAUUUUGAAAGCAUCUGAUUCACAACAGCUUCAUUUUUUAGAAUUGCAAUGAUCUCAAACACACUGCAACGGCAGUAAAAGCAUACCUGGAUAGAAAAACACACAAGUCAUCUAAAAAGCAGCCAACAUCCAGAGAAGAGCUUUAAAUGUCCUAUAAGGACAAAUAUCCCUGAAAACUACUUAAAGAAAUGAGAACGCUUGGCUAAAAGACUUCGAGCUAUGUUGAAGAAUAAAGAUGGUCAACGCAGUGAUGGAGCCUGAUUACCCUCUAGAAACACUACAUACUGAAAGUGAUCAUGAUAGCGUUUACAACACCUCCUGGGUCUCUGUGUGUCCCCGAGGCCUCUGGAAGGUCCAGCGAAGGCGACUAAACAAUGGGAGUCAGCAGACGGCUUCUGAUUCAGAUGUAACACCAAUUUCAUCAAGUAAUUGUCCAAGGUUGGGUUCGCUGUGUAGAGUCCAAGUGCGUCUCAAAGCUAACAAUGAUGAAGCAGAGAAUGUAGCAUGUGAAAAAACAGGUGAGAAGCUGCCAGCCCAGCCUGAUCCGUUCACCGCUGAACUUACUGAAUCUGGUACCACACCCUUUGUGAGGUGUAAAGACUCUGUGCUGCAGGUCCCACUGGGUGACUGGACAACACUGAGGCUAGGGGAUGGUCAAUGUGAUAUCACAGAGGCGUGUUUGGAGGGAAUGAGAGCUGGGGAGAAAUGUGAGAUACAACUUUCUCCUUUGGAAACUGGACCAGAUGCUGCUGUUCCCCACCCCUCGGAUGAAAGCCUUCCCUUUUUUGCCACAGUGGAAUUGCAAGCUUUCACACCAGGCAAGGAAUCCUGGGAGAUGUCUCCUGGUGAAAAAUGGGAAUGGGUCAAGUCACACAAGGACACGGGCGGAGUGAGAUUCAGGAGCGAGGAUUUGUGGGGGGCCGCGGACAGCUACAGCAAGGCCAUGAAACUAGUCAUCACUCUCUGUAAUCACAUUAGAGAUGUGGCGAAAAAGGGAUGGGAGUAUGAAGCUGAGGAGCAGAGAGAAGCAACUCUUGAAACACUUUAUCCUUCAGCUGAAGAACUCAACAAAAUGAAAGCUGACCUUCACUCAAACUUGUCCCUGUGCCAGCUAAAGCUGAACCAACCAGAGCGGGCUAAGGCCAAUGCCGCUAAAGCCACUCAGCUGGAACCCGGCUGUGCCAAAGCCUGGUACCGGCUGGGGAAAGCAUGCCAGAUUGUGAAUGAAUUGGAAGAGGCCAAACAGGCAUUUAGGAAACUGCUGGAGCUGCAGCCAGAAAUGCCUGCUGCUCUGAAAGCGCUUAAAGAUAUUGCAAGUAGAGAGAAAGCGACAAAUGCACAGCUGGGACUGAGACUAAGCAAAAUGUUCAGCUAAAGAUAAAAUAUCAGUAGAGAGAAAUGUGUCUUCUCAUGAUUCCCCAUUAAAUGUAAGUGCAUUAACAACCACUGCCUCGAUCUAAAAUAAAGCCACUGUGAUGUAGA